GUUAUAAGUUAAAAAUUAUAUCAAAAUAUUAGUAGCUUUUAUUUUUAAAAAUUUAAUUAAAAUAGGUCUAAACAGGUCAAAGCCACAAAAAAUUGCGAUGGCUUCAAUAAACCACGACCCAGUGGGUGGUUUAAAUGAAAAUAUAGCCAGAAAGCAAACUUUAAAAGUGGAUUCGAGUCGUCAAAACAAUAUUUUGAGAAUAAAAGCUAGGAAAGCGAAGAUAUAUCAACUGCCACGGAAUCAAAAACUCUCGAAGAUUGCGAUGUAUUCGAACUGUAAUCAAUGUUGCUGUAAAGGCUGGCGACUGCCAGAAGAGUCAAGACAUAAAGAUGUUGAAGUUGAUUAUUGUCCAAACAUUUAUGACUUGUGUCGAAACGCAAAUUGUAAACAUCCAUUAGAGGCACACUUCUCACACAUUAAAAAUAUUUCGAACGAACAAAUGGAUCAAUUGCUUUCAAUGAUCGUCGAUGCCGAAGUGUUGUAUACAACAAUUGGUCUACAAAAAGAUAAAUUCAUUAAGAAAAUUUACUCAUUUCUAUUCACAUUCCUGCAUCAAUGUGUUACUGAACGGAAGCCAGCAAUUAUUCAAGGCCCAUUAGGCGAUCCGGAGAAGUCAUUUGAAAAACCGUCGAUUCAAAAAAUCAUCAAAAACUUCGUCAUUUUAAAGUAUGAUAAGCUACGUGAAACAAAUGAAGCUGAAUUUAAAGUUAUUAUGGAAGUAGCACGGACAUUCUUAUUAUGCUAUAACAACUGGGAUUUUGAGUGUCCCAACGAUUGUAAAGAUGCCAAUGCAGAAGAGAAUUUCUAUAAAAUUGACUAUACUCGCUGGCUUGUGUUUUGUUAUGUUCCAUCAUUUUGUAAUAGCCUCAAAUACUACAAUUGCAGUGAAAUUUUUGGAAAGCGAUUUUUACUUUACACAUUUCCGUUUUUAUCACAACAAUUUUUGUCACAUUAUGAGAUUGAGAAAGAAAGUUUACCGCUUGAAAAGCAAAUCUUACUGGAACGAUUGCCCAAAUUUCUUGACUCGUUGCGUGAAGAACUUCAAAAUGAUAAAUCAGAAAUAUUUAAUCCAGCAUUCAAGCCAGCAUCAAAUUCAUCGGUUAGUUACGUUGCAAGAACUAAAAGAUUUGCUGAUACAGUCAAUGAAAAUAGAUUUGCUAAAAGAAUGCGUCGUGAGGUUGAGGAUUUACCUGACGAUACGGUUUUAGAAGCAAUAAAUCGUGUAAAUGAUCCGAAUAUAAAUUGCACAGAUGUUAUGAAUCCAGUUGUACAUUCAGCACGCGAUGAUCAUCCAAAAGCUGAAGAGAGACGUGGAAUUAUUGAGUUCCAUGUUGUGGGAAAUUCCAUGUUAAAUAAAGUGUCAUUGCUUCAAAAGAAAUGGUUGUUGGAUCUAAAAAACGUUUUUGCACAUCGACUUCCAAGAAUGCCAAAGGAAUACAUCACACAGCAAGUGUUUGAUGGUAAUCACAAGACCCUAGCUCUCAUAAAAUACGGUAGACCAAUCGGUGGAAUCUGUUUCCGUUCCUUUCCAACACAAGGAUUUAUAGAAAUUGUCUUUUGUGCGGUAGAGGACAAAGAACAAAUUAAAGGAUAUGGAUCUCACUUAAUGAAUCAUCUUAAGGAUUAUAGUAUUUCCAAAAAGAUUCAUCAUUUCCUGACAUAUGCAGACGAGAAUGCUGUAGAAUUUUUUAAGAAACAGGGGUUCUCAAAUGACAUUAAAUUCCCACGUUCAGAAUAUUUUGGAUAUAUUAAAGAUUAUGAAGGAGCUUAUUUGAUGCAUUGUGAAUUACAUCCAGGAAUAAUUUAUACACAAUUCAGUAGUGUUGUAAGGAAGCAGAAAGAAAUAAUUAAAGAACUGUUUAAGCAUAGACAACAAGAAAUGCAAAAAGUUCAUCCAGGACUCACAUGCUUUAAGGAAGGAUUUCGACGAUCGAUUCCAUUCGAAGCGAUUCCUGGACUUCGUGACAUUUAUGGAUGGAAACUGCCGAGAAAUACUCCAAAACAUUUAAGAUACACGGAGGAAAUAAAUGAUCCAGAAGUACUUGCGAUGCAAUUGAGUAAUAUUUUACAAUUAAUAAAGAACCACAAGUGUAGUUGGCCGUUCCUUAAGCCAGUAUCAGCGUCUGAAGUCCCCGACUAUUAUGAUCACAUUAAAUAUCCAAUGGAUCUUAAAACUAUUGGAGAAAGGAUUAAAGCUAGGUACUACGUUACACGACACUUAUUCAAAGCAGAUAUGAACAGGAUUUUUACAAAUUGUAAAAUUUACAAUUCACCCGAAACUGAAUAUUUUCAAUGUGCAGAAAAGCUUGAAAUUUACUUUACAAAUAAGUUGAAGGAGUUAUUGGAUUAAAAUUGAAACUUUUUUUGUCUUAAAUUAAAUAAUUAUUAUUCUAUUAAGUUAAUGACAUUUUUUAAUGGCAAAAAAAAUCUAAAUGUGACG